UUUUCGGAGAAGACGCUUGCCCGCGCCACAUGACUGAGGAGUAUCAAGGAAUGGAUUUGUGUUGGUCUGAUUUCCUUUUGAAGCUAUUGACACUACCUGAUAUUGACCAUAACAGCAUCUUUCUGUUAUUGUGCUGAUUUCUAUUAACUGAACAUGUUUGCCCUGCGUGUCAAGAUAUGGUUUGGUGAAUUCAAGCUGAAGAGAUGGGAGGUCUCAUUGUUGUUGGAUCAUAAAUAAAGUACUGUGCAUGCAAUACAUGUCUCCAUUGUCCCAUCUCCUAGUAGAAAUCACAAAACAAUCCAGCAACAGACCAACAUGGGCAGAACUCAAGAAUGUGAAACUGGCUGGGAUGACGAGAAAACCCUCAGAAAACAACGAGGCAUCGCCAAAGGAUGCUUUACCACAAAAGUAAGAGUGUUCCUUGACUGUAAAGAGAAAAAUGAACCUUUAGAAGUGUUAGGUGCAGUUUUUAAUGAAAUUUGUGAAAAUUUCAAAAGAGUAGAAAUUAUAAAUGAACGUCUGCUUCAAGUAGUUGAUGAUGAUAAACAAAUUAGUGAACAUCUGAAUUAUAUAUGUGAAAUAGAAAAGAUCAAGUGUGAUAUCCAUUCAGCAUUGGUGUUGUUAAAGAUUGAAACACAGAAACUUGCUCCACAGUCUGAUAGUUCAUGUAGUAUACUUGUUAAGAAAGUAGAUCCUCCAGUUUUUUAUGGCAAUGUCCGAGAGUUCCCAACUUUCAUGAAAGAUUACACACGCUUGGUGAUAGCCCGUCAUGGGAGAGAUCCAUUUAUACUGAGAAGAUCUUUACAAGGAAAGGCUAAAGAAAUUGUAGGGGGUUUAGAUGAAUUUGAUCAGAUGUGGGAUAGGCUGAAAGAACGGUUUGGUUCCACUUCAAAGGUUGUGGAUGCUGUUUUGGCUGAAAUUAGUAUUUUAAUGCCAGUCCCUGAAGGUAAUACUCGGAAGUUACGUGAGGUAAUAAAUGUUGUUGAGCGAGCAUGGUUAGACUUAAAGAAAAUAGACAGAGCAAAUGAAAUAGAGAAUUCUACUGUAGUAACUAAAAUUGAAAGAUUACUUCCUAAUAGUUUAAAAAGGGAAUGGACUCAUAAAGCUCAAGCCUUAAGUGACCAAGAGAGGUUUCAGAGUCUUGUAAAAUUUUUGACUGGAGAACGUCAGGUUAUAGAGUACAUGGAAGAUGAAUCUAGGACGGCAGGGAUGAGCACUAAGGCAGCCAUUCAUUAUGUUACUAAUGGUGAAGGUGAAGAAAAUGUAGAUAAUCUGACUAGCAAUCACCAAAUUGGCUCAGAAUCAGGAAGUUUGUCAGAAGCAAAUGCUAGACUGUUUUGCCAAUCUGUCACAGGCAAUGGUAAAUCUAGCAAAUAGAAGUCAGUUUGGUAGUGAAACGAAGGG